AGGCACAGCGUCGAUCAGAGGGUUCUGGGGAGUUCUCACCUCACCGAUAAAACCCGGGGCACUGAAAUGUCGCCAUGGGCCAUGAGCAAUGCAUCAAUGUUUCUACAGUCCAUCUCAAUCUCAGUGUCACCUCGUCAAUACAUAUUGAGAAACCCCUAGAUCUCACCUUACACGACCAGCAAGCAGCGAGUGCUACUACUAUACCUCCAAGCCCACCACCACCACCACCAACAACCCCCAUACCAUCACUAACCAACACCACAACCAAACAAAAAGGCCAGCUACCACCAACCAACCACAUCCAAUUCCCACCCAGGAAACCAACAAAACAGCAAUCAUGUCCCUCCAAACCCCGCUCUGCACCCUCCUCAAAAUCCAACACCCCAUCCUCCUAGCAGGGAUGGCGCGGGCCUCCAGCGCGCCGCUGGCCGCCGCCGUCUCCAACGCAGGCGGACUAGGUACCGUCGGGGGACUCGGCUACACGCCCUCGCAGCUCUCGGAGAUGCUAACGGAGCUCAAGUCCCUGCUGCGCGACCCCUCGCUCCCGUUCGGGGUGGACCUGGCGCUGCCGCAGGUGGGCGGCGGGGCGCGCGCGACGAACCACGACUACACGCACGGGCAGCUGGACGCGCUGAUCGACGUGGUGAUCGCGCAGGGGGCGAAGCUGUUCGUGUCGGCGGUGGGCGUGCCGCCGGCGCACGUCAUCACGCGGCUGCACGACGCGGGCAUCCUGGUCAUGAACAUGGUCGGGGCGCCGAAGCACGCCGAGAAGGCGCUGCGGCUGGGGGUGGACAUCGUGUGCGCGCAGGGCGGCGAGGGCGGCGGGCACACGGGCGACAUCCCCUUCUCGGUGCUCAUCCCGGCCGUCGUGGAUGUCGCGCAGCGGUACCGGAGUCGGCUGACGGGGCAGCGCCCCCUGGUCGUCGCGGCGGGCGGCGUGAACGAUGGCCGCAGUCUGGCGGCGGCGUUGAUGCUGGGGGCCGCGGGCGUUUGGGUCGGGACGCGCUUUGUGGCGUCCGAGGAGAGCGGGGCCAGUCGGCUGCAUAAGGAGGCCGUCGUGGGCGCCACCUAUGGGGAUACCAUGCGCACCCUUGUCGUGUCGGGGCGGCCGCUGCGGGUGUUGCCGAACGAGUACGUGAAGGACUGGGAAAGGCGGCCGGAGGAGAUUGCUCGCUUGACGGCCCAGGGCAUUGUCCCCAUGGAGUAUGACCUCAAGAACGAUAAGGAUGUCGACUUACCGUAUCUGAUGGGUGAUGUGGCUGCUAAUGUUGCGAGUGUCAAGCCCGCCGCUGAGAUUGUCAAGGAGAUGGUCCAGCAAGCUGUCGAUACGCUGAAGAGGGGGAGCUCCUACAUACAAGGUCCAGCCAGUAGGCUUUGA